CAUACUUUUUGCUGCGUUUCACUAGGUUAUAAUUGCAUAAUAUAAACAAAGGCCAUAAUUUUUACAUGAUUCAGUGUGAAGCGUUUUAUCCUAACGAUAUUAAAAUGUAGCGACAUCUCUAAAAGGAUAUUAGUGCUUAUUCUUCCUGUUAGUUUGUUUACAUUUGUGUCAACGUCCUUUUCAUUCACGCUUUACUCAUCAUUUUUUUAGGGUUUGUUUGUGACAUCGAUUUUCAUAAAUUUACUUCCGCAGAUUUGUAAUUACGUUUGUUAUCCUUUGAAUUUUGUUAAAUAUUUACAUAUUUUUGAAAACAAUGUCAAAACAACGUUUUUAUAAUUUUCCGGCAAUGAUAUCCACGGAUCUUCACGAGGAAAAUAUACCAAUAUCCGUGUCUAACAAUAAUAAUAAUGAUGAAAAUAACGAAGACAACGAAGAUGAUUCUGAGUUCCUACAAGAUGUUCCUUAUUCAUCUAGCAGCCUUGAUCGAAGUUCAAUAGGAUCAAUACCAUGGGCUGACGAUGCCAUAAAGCAAAAUCAAUUAGAUUGGGAGCAAGUUGAGCGUAUGCUAUCUAGUGAGGACACACUGCCAGUGGAACCAGAUCUGCGUAACGAGAUUUUAGAAUGGCAGACGAAAUUUCCACAGUUAUUAGAACGAAAACAAGCACAGGAAAUUGUAGAAAAAAAGUUUGAUGCCUCAAAAGCAGAUAACAGUUUAACACAAAAUAUUGAUGAUGAUUUAAUUUCACAUUUGAGUUUGAACAGUUCUGAUGAUGAAGAGCGGUAUGAUGAGCUGGCUACACCCACUACUACAGGAGCACGACGGAACGAAAUACUAGAAAGUCAGUUUUUAGGAAGGAAGAGUGCCAUAAGUAAAUCAUAUGCAGACAGGCUUUCAGCCAAAAUGGCUUUAUUGCGUGUGACAGCAAUACCACUACGUCCAAAACAUCGAAAUGACUCUAUUAAAGUAAUACCGCAACAGACUUCAGCACAUCGAGAGCACAGUGGAACAUCUAGUUCAUUGCGAUUACGUAAAACAUCAACGAGUAAGCCUGAAUCGACUAUGCAGUCGCCUGGACUGCUUCACGAAAAUACGCAUUUUGAUACACAACAACAAUUUCGUAUGCCUCCAAUUCUGAAUGUACUGGAAAGUAAACGACGUUUUCGUGAUUUGGCCUCGAACAAAAGUUUUGUGCAAUUGACCCACGUGAAAGCACCCCACGCUAAAUCCGCUGCUAUAAUAAGACAGCCAGAAAAUAAUUUAUCAAUUGGUCAUACACCAAGGGGUACAAUUUUUACGGGUCAUCAUCAAACUGUGUGGCAGAGACCGCUAAUUGCUACCCGUGUGAGCAGUAAUUUUUUUAACAAUCGAAAUGCCAUUAUAUUGCCUUCCUUGCAUGCAAAAGGCAUCAGCGCUCAACAUCAGCGUCGAAACAGUACAACAUCCAGUACAGGUGCGGGUACAAGGACACAAAGUUUAUCGAACUCCAAUGUAGGUUCUUCAGCUAACAGCAGCGGUGAUUUUAAUCUACGACCACGGAAUGCGGUGGACCGUGUUGUGUCACGGUGGCAGCAAAUUAAUGUCAAUACUUCAACUUCUACAGGAACUGUUUCAACCGGUCGCUCAAUCUCAGCAGCUGUUCAUCAUCAUGUGCGUGCAGACGUCGGAUUGCGAGAGCUGUAUGUGCCAUAUGCCUAUAAACAUGAUGGUUUUAAAUAGCGAUCACAGGCGUGGCGGUUUGUAUAAUGCGCCACGAUUUUUACAACACAUGAAAAACAGUGUUUCGAAUGCCAGAGAAUAUUAAUUAAAACUAAAAGUCCUACUCAUAACAAUUAACGGAAAAUUAUUCUUCUAACACACAUUUUCAAUUUCUUUAAGAUUGAAUGAUAAAAAUUAGUUCAAAUAACUGCCAAUAUUUCUAAUUUUCGAAACACUGUGCAACAAAAACUAUACUUACAUUAUUUUUACAAAUAAAAUUUGUAUUAACUCAUAACUUUGCGUCGAUAGAGUAAAUAAGGACCUGCUUUCUUUAAUAACGGACUACAAAUUGCAGUGCAAUUAUAUAAGAAGUGCCUUUUAAGCGUUAAAGUUUUGGUAACGUUUAAAGAAUUGUGGUGAAAAUAAAUUGUAUUGACUACUGUUGAUAAAACUAUAAAA